AAUUACGGGUAAUUUCGCUAACAAACACAAGUUUCCAGUAAUCAAAAUUAUGCUACGUGUUAUACCUACACGUACAGAAACAGAUAUCCAUCUAAUACGGUAUUAGCAGUCAUUGGGGUAUGAAAUCGGUAUUAAACGAUGUGUUACCGUUACUGGUUAUGUUUUAGCAUGUGUUUGGUUUCACUGUGGGAGGAAGGAGCUGGUCAUCCUGGCAACCUGGUGUGGAGCGGAGGACCCGUUCAUAUGGAGUGUGAGCACAGCGCUGACUAUCUCACUCACAGCGGCCAGCAUGUCAAGGAUAAUGUGAUAGCUAUUAAAGCUGUUACCUACAGCGAUGAAGUCUAUGUUAUCACUCCCAGAUUCAAGAGGGGAGUAAUGGCGACGGUUUGGCAAGUGGUCCGAGGUCGCGCCGGUCCUGAACUCCUGGCCUUCCCGUCCCUCCGCCCUCACACCGUAGGGGACUGCGAUGCCAUACAGAACGCGAUUGACAUCCACCUCGAUCAUAUAGGCAUAUUGUGGAUUUUGGACAGUGGUACAGUAGAAUCGCUGGAGUCGCCGCGUUGCACAUGUCCGCCGAAGGUGGUAGUCGUCAGCAUAUUGCUGAGGAAGGUCACCAGGAACAUAGACCUUUCCUCACUUACCAUGUCUACGUCGUUGCUCCAAAGCAUUGUAGUGGAGUACGAGUUAGGAGCAAAGCCUUUUAUAUACAUAUCAGACGCAGCUCGUGGUGCCAUCUUAGUCCACGACGUGACCUCCGGCUCAGAAUGGUCAGUGCUGGCGUGUCCUCCCGCAGCUGGUCUCCAGCUGGCCCUGGUGCGUCAGACACCCGCUACUAUGUUAGUUAUGGUCAGACUUCAUUACCAGGGCUUACUGGAGUUGGACACCGCCAGUCUACGAAGGAAGAGUUCGCUUGCUCCACUUAGAGUGUUUGGUGAAAAUUCAAAACGUGUUUCCAUCCUCGGGUUUGACUCGCACCACGUGUACCUACGUCACAGGGAGUGCUCCGACGUGCUCGUGUGGAACACCAAAGAGGCCUACAACGCGUCCAACCUGAUCAGCAUUCACUCUCCCGGCCCGCGGCUCACGCCCACCUCUGUAUCCGCAGACCCUCUCAAACAGUUACUGAUAGUGCUCGAUUCAGAUUAUGGAGACACUAUCCAUACAAAUCUGCCCACUUAUCAUAGAAUAACCUAUAUUGGCCAAAUUUAAUUAUAUUUUUACGAUAUUUAAUUAAGUACAUAAUAAUAUCGCAUUUCAUUUUUUUUUCAGUCGUUUUCUCAUAUCACAAUAUGUUUUCAGUCGUCAUUCAAUAUUGAACAAUACAUAACUAAUCGACAGCAUCAAGGUUAACAACUUUCGGAAUAUUAAUUGAAUAAUCGAUGGAUAAAAUAUUAAGGACCUAUGUAUAACUAACCUAGACAAAUCCUUUUGACUGA